UUUCCACCACCAAUUCACACCGGAGCAAAUCAGCCAAGAUGGUGAACGUACCAAAGACUCGUCGCACCUACUGCAAGGGCAAGGACUGCAAGAAGCACACCCAGCACAAGGUCACCCAAUACAAGGCAGGAAAGGCUUCUCUUUUCGCCCAGGGAAAGCGCCGUUACGAUCGCAAGCAGUCCGGUUACGGUGGUCAGACCAAGCCCGUGUUCCACAAGAAGGCCAAGACAACCAAGAAGGUCGUGCUCCGGUUAGAAUGCACACAGUGCAAGACCAAGGCACAGCUCGCGCUCAAGCGCUGCAAGCACUUCGAGCUGGGUGGUGACAAGAAGACCAAGGGUGCUGCGCUCGUCUUCUAGACGUGCUUUGCGUUCAUGUCUUUCUUACGGCGUACGGAAUGAGGGUCGAGUGGCUAGGCUUGUAGAGCCGGUUCGAGAACGAGAGGCUUGCAUCCUGCAUAAAUUCACGACGUUUCGUUCGACAUCCGACCCUUUGUCGAGUGACCUCAUAUGCUCGGCUCCUUUCAUAGAACUCUGCUGUUUCGCUCCGGGAUCAUUCACUGCCAUGAAUGGAGGCACUUCAC